GCUGUCAUUCGUAAUACAUGAACAUCCGUGAACCAAGGAUACGUCAUUCGAAGGAAAAGAAGAUUCGGCAGUCUGUUGUGAUCUAAAUUACAAAAAUUCGAAAGCUUAGCGAAGUGACGGCGUUAACACAGUACAAGUUUUUGCUCUGAAGACUCGGACUUGAUGAUAAAGUCACAAAUCAAUAUUAUGUGACAUCUAGGCAGCGAUUAUCGUUCGGUAUAGCAACAAAUAACAAAAGACAGCAAUUAUUCGUAAUCUUUCGAGCGCCUAGUGGUUUCUUUACUAUUGCUGCGAGCUGUUAGAAUGUAUAGCAUGUUACCAUUUUUCGAAGAAUCGGAUGAAUUUCUAAGUAAUUGGACAUUUGGCGUUUUGGCGCUUAUCGUUGUUUACUUUGCUUGGCGUUCCACUUAUGUUCGAGAAGAUCGAGACUCUCAAGCUGCCGUUAUUGUCAUAGAAAACAACUUGCGACGUUUGAAUCGCAUCACUCAGCAACCGGUCACCAUUAGCAUACUUCGCAGCUCAUCACAGCAAUCCAACAUUUCAAACGUGACGGAAACGGAAGAACUUGAUCUAGAAAACGAUAGUAUCGCAUCAUCGAUUGAUAAUAUUACACAAUCUAUUCUGACCGAAGCAUCGGAAUCGGCUACUGGGCUAGAUAUCAGUGAUUCAGAAACUUAUACCGCUAAUUCGGUUGUGGGAGGUCCCACUAACUUGGAUGAGCUUGAUCUGGGACCGGAGGAAAUAAUCCGCCAAAUGGAUCGUGACCUUGAUGACCACCAAACAGCGACAUCUUCAUCCCCUACAUCUUCAGAUGGUGUACGACAGCGCAGUAGUACUCAUAUUACAGGAGACGCGAACGGUGCCUCGAAUGGACAACCCAGUGAAAAAUGCGAGGUUGAUAAGCCAAAGCAGCAGCCUCUGUCCAAGCAAAUUCGGAUAAAAUUGAAAUAUUUGAAUGAUGAUUCGAAGCUAGUCCAGGGUAAUCUGAACGAAGGCAUUGGUGAAUUCAAAAAGCGCAAUUUUUCUAUUGAACUAGCCGCGAAAAAGCUCGUUCGCUUGGUUUUCAACGGCCAUGUUUUACAACCUGAUACGAAAACACUGGCCGCAUGCGGAUUAUUCGAUAACUGCGUCGUGCAUUGUUUGAUACAUAAUCCAAAACCUUCACUGGCCGGGAAUGACAUGAAUGGUUCCAACACGAAUCUGGUUGGAGACAAUAAUAUUGGCGAAGGAAACCUUACCAACGACUUGGGGCUCGGCAUGGGUAGAAAUGGACGCGAAAAUAGCACCCGGUAUGGAACAUAUUUCAUCUAUAUUGGUACCUUUAUCCUGUCUGCAACAAUACUAUAUUGUUGGUAUUGCCGAUUUCACUAUGGACACCUAUUCAAUCUGAACUCUACGAUCGGGCUCAUAGUAACAACGACCAUAUUUCUGAUUAUGAUGCCCACGAUCAUUCUUACCGACAGCAACACGGUGAACUAAAUCCAUCUCUUUCUUCAAUGCCAAAAGCUGCCAACAUCCUACGAGCAAGCUAAUCAAAUUAGCAUGACUUAGAUUCGGUUUGAAAUAAGUUUCUAGAACUGGGCUUACUGCGGCUAGAAUUAUAAAAAAAUCUUUCUGUAUAUAUCCCUGGAUAUGUGUGUUUUAUAUUUAUACCAACAUCGUGAAUCGAGACGAAA